AUGCAGCGCGCAUCGCCGCAGCGAACUUCGGGUACGGUCGUUCUCCUGGCGGUCCUUAUGCUGUGGGCCUCAGCUCCUGGUAGCACGAGCUUUGUGCCAGUGCAGAGGUGUGGCACGCCGCGGCUUUGCAGCGCUCGGCCAGAAGUGACGGACUCGGCGUCUACGCUCCCGGUGCCUUCAUGGUUUCCCUUUGCCGACGUGCUGAACGACUGGCUGCAGGAUCUUCCUUCCCUGCCCCCUCUGCCAGCACCAUCGCAGCACGUGAUGUCCCGCAGCGAAUAUGAGGCCAUGAACGACGAGCUUGCGAGCCUCAGAAUUCGGCUGCAGACUGCCCGCGAUCGAGAGCAUAGAGCCCAGGCGGCGAUGGCAGUCUUGGAGAGGGAUAUGGAGCAGGAGCAGCAGCAUCUCGACGCGAAGAUCGAGUCCCUGACCCGUGCAGCAUCCCUGACAUAG